UUAAUGGCGUAUUACUGAGUGACCCAGGUGGUGAUGAUUUGCGAGCGUUAUGUAUAAGUUCUGGCUGCUGGUGCGGUGAAAGGGGAGAAAUGGAAGAACCAGGGUCAAACAAGGAAUCUUCUCAAGACACAGAUGUGAAGAAAGUGCCUCAUAAGUCUGAAACCAAGCGAUACAGUGAGAUCUUCAGAGAUUUUGAUAAUCUCGAUUUAUCAUUUAUCUCAUCGGAAACGGAGGAUUUGCUAAUAGAUAGUGAUUCCAUCUCAGAGACCAUCUCCACAGAAGGAGCUGAGAUCACAGAACAAAACGAUGCACAUACUUGUGCUGAGGCCGGUGAAGUGGAUGGAAACCAAACAGCCCAGGAUGCAGACUUGGCCCUCUUUCACAGUAAGGAUGGAGUGGAGGCUGCACUGCAGUACGCCAAGUUGUGGUGCCGCUAUGCCAAAGACCUUCUGGCCUGGAUGGAGAAGAGAAUCAGCUUGGAGCAGGAAUUUUCAAAAAACGUAAUAAAGGCAGCAGAGGGAGCAAAGAUCACCGUGACACAGCAGGAGAUGAUGCCACUACAGUACAUCUACACCAUGGCUUUGGAGCAAGACAUCAGGAACAGCGUGACCUCCAGAAGGACUUAUGAGCUGCUACAAAAUCGUUGCUACCAGGCUUUGGCUGCUAAGAGAAAUGAAAUUGAUAAGUGGCGCAGGGAAUUUAAAGAGCAGUGGGCAAGGGAACAAAGGAAGAUGAUUGAAGCCGUGUCCACUCUUAAAAAGGCCAAACAACAAUACUUCCAGCGCUGCGAUGAGCUAGAAAAAGCUAAAGCAAUUUCUGCUAAAGCUAUAGAUGACACGGUUGGAGUUAAAACACUUGAUAAGAGGAGGAAGUCCAAGGAUGAAGCACGGACAAAGGUAAUGGAGACAGAGCUUCUCUACAGACAGUGUGUGAGUGAUGCCAAUAUUCACCAAGACGAGUUGGUGAAGGUCAAAGAAAGAAUCAUUUCUCACAUUCGCAAACUCAUCUGUCAAGGAGACACCGUGCUCAAAGAGGCCACAGUCAACAUGUUCUACUACCAGCGGCAGCAGAUGGAGCCCGUUCCUCUUGGUUAUCACAACCUGGAGGUAACGUGCAGAACCGUGGAGCCCGGAGAGCCUUAUCUGCUUUACAUCCUCAGCAAGCGACGCCCUGAGCAGCCACUCCAAACCUUCACUUUCCAGGAGUACGCUCCUCAGAGCAAAAACAACAAACGAAAAACCGGCACUGUUCUCAGCAGUCUGCAGGACUCAUCUCCCAUGGCAGAUGAUGUUUUAUGCAGAAGAUCCAGUGAUGGCAGGAAAUCAGGCCACAGUGACAGUGAAAGUAUUGGAGGCAGUUUGGAGUCCCUGACCAGCCCUGGACACAGGAGGCUACCCAAAACAUUAUCUACUUUGACAGUGUCGUCAGACGACCUGGACGACCGAGAUGCUGCGUUAGAAUCAGAGUAUACUGACAGCCACACUGUAAAAACACGAAUGUUUUCUCGAGCUGCUCUAACACACCGACUCAGGAAAACUAAAAGCAAGAUGGUUAAAUGCAAGCAGUGUGACAACUACAUUGUUGUCAGUGGGGUUGAAUGUGAGGAGUGUGGGCUGGCUUUCCACAGGAAGUGUAUGGAGGGGUGUCAGUUAGAGUGUGAGAACAAGAAGGGGACAGUGUUUGGAGUGGACCUAUCUGUGCUUUUACGAGACAGACCAGAUGAAGUGCCAUUCGUGGUGAUGCACUGCACAUCUGAAAUAGAGAACCGGGCUCUUUCUGUGCAGGGGGUAUAUCGUGUGAGUGGGUCAAAGCCUCGCAUCCAGAAGCUCUGUCAGAACUUUGAGACUCAAAAGGAGCAGGUGGACCUUUCUGACCUCUCGCCACAUGACAUCACAUCUAUUCUUAAGCACUUCUUCAAAGAGCUCCCAGAGCCUUUACUAACUUUUGACCUGUACAAUGACUUUAUCACGGUGGGAAAGAACAUUCAGCACCUGAAUGAAAGGGAAACUUCACCAGACCCUACCGACGUCUUGGACAUUAUUCAUAACCUGCAAAUGCUUCUGCAGAAGCUUCCUUUAUGUUGCUACAAGACGCUGCAGCACAUGAUUUCACACCUGCAAAAAGUUUCAGAGAAUUAUGACAACAAGAUGUCUCCUAGCAAUCUGGGUAUAGUGUUUGGGCCAACCUUAUUGCGCCCUCUAGUGUCUACAGACAUGUCAAUGAUUGCCCUUUUGGAGACGAGCUACCAGGCUGUGCUUGUUGAGUUCCUCAUCACCCACCAUGACAAGAUAUUUGGCCUGGAGGGAAGCACUAAUACUCCCCCUCCCCCAGCCCCCACAGCACCUCUUCCAGACACUCCUCCUAGAGCUUCCUGUCCUCUGGAUGGAGACGAUGCUGACUUGGAGCACGACCUUUCUGCCAGAGAGCGUCCACACUCUCUAGAAAGCCGAUCAUUCAAGAGAGACUUGAGUGAGUGUUACAUUUCUGACAAGUCUUCAUCCACUGAGGCAGUGGACCAGGUUGGCCCUGAAGCCAGUGACAGAGAAGUCCUGGCUGUGAGAGCAGCAUCAAGUAAUCCUCAUGGUGCGUCCGUGAGGGAAUCAGCCUAUGACUUAGGCACCCAGCCACACUAUCGCUUCACAAGACAGCCUGUGAAGUACUACCGGCAUCAUAACGUAAGAACUCGACUCUCUGUCCCACACUGUGCAACAAGGCAGGCAGCUUGUCCAAAGAGGGGCUUUCAAGAGAGUGUGGACAGCAGCCACAGUACCUCUCCUGAGCCAGAGACGCAGGCAUGUUCACAAAACUUUGAUGGCCAUUGGAACAACACGCAGCAGCCCCGCCAGGUGACAACUACAGCUAAGGAUAUAAAGGAAGGCCCGCUAAGCCCACGAGAUGUUGUGGAGUACAUGCUGGGACUGGACUCAGCAGUUACAUCUCCUGCAGCCCAAAUGUCAUCCAGUACAACACAGAGGUCUACUCAAGAGGUAGACACGUGGUGGCAAGAUGACCAGAACAUGAAUACGAACUACCGACACUGGACUGGACAGAUUUCCAGUCUCAAUUCGUCGCCAAAGAACAUUCCUUUUGAGCACAGCCUGACCUCACCUGCUCAGAAGAUCCUGUCUGGUCUGAAGCUGAGACGCAGUCACUCAGGGAAGGAGGAGCAGCUCUUUGUCUAA